GAAGAGCUAAAAGAUAAAAUAUUCAUAAGCACUAUCUACCCAACAUCAAGAUAAGUGUUUGAUAUCAGUGCUGGGUGUAAGGCUGGUUGCUUAUCAGAUUGUCACAGAUAGGCAUGGAAUCUGAGAAUUUUAGAUGCUAAAAAUGAACCUGUGCAGAGUUCAUCCAUUGCAGAGGCAAUAGCAGGGAUGAGGAACUGCACAAUGUGUAGUCUGAACUUAUUCAGAGAAGUGAGACUGAAGCAGAGCCAGCUCACACAAUCAGGUAAUUCACUUCCAGUGGCAUCCCCUGUCAUCCUACUUCAGAUGUCAAAGUAGCUCCCACACCACCAUAGAUUAGUUUUAGAGAAUUUGUAGUUAUCAACAGUACUUUAGGAAAAGAAUGGCAGUCAUUUUUUUUCAAAACCUCAGCAACAUGGGACACUUGUACAUUGCUAGAACUCCUCAGCUUACUCCAAAAUGUUAUCAGUAGGUCCCUUAGGGCCAGGUUUAGCUAUCAUUUAUGCACGAGUAAUUCCAGGGAAUUUAGUGGGACUUCUUGCAGGUAUCAGUUUAUUAGAGAGCUGUUUGCAGAACUGGGGUCUUUCUCCUUCGAGCGUUUGUAUGGUUUGGAAUUCUGUCAGAUCACCGGGACGCAACAGCCAGCUCUAUAGGGCCAGGAAAGGAAACUGGCCACCGACUAGUGCUGAAGGUCAGAUAACCCCUUGUGUGCUAGGGCUAAAGCCUGUCACUCAGUGAAGUAAGAUUUCAUAGGAGAGCAGAAUCAGGGGGGCUGCUGAGAAGCGGGGAAAUGGGAGGGGAGGGGAGCAGUUCAAUGCCCAGUGCCGUGCCCCCUUGGCUUCAGUUGUCAUCAUGUAAUUACAUCGCCCAUGGGGCGGCUCUAACCCAGCGCUGCUUCCACCGCUGACCUGUGUGGUCCCCCCGGCCCUGCUCCCACUUCAGUGCUCGGCAGCGGCCUUGGGCUCCUGCACCGCGUCGCAGAGCCCGGGAAGGGAAGCUGGGUGCCCCGCGCCCUGCUCAGUCUGCUGGGAGCUGGGCUGAGCCUCCCCCCCCCCCCGCAAUCACACGCCGCCCCCGAUCAUCGCCCACCCCCAGCUGCUCGCACCUCCUCCGCAAGGGUUAAAAGCAAGACGUCAAGGGCAGCCAGCGCCGAGCCCCUGCCCCACCCCGCUCUCAUGUGAUCGCAACGCCCCGCUGCAGCCGCCUCGCGUUCCCGCCCUGCACCGGCUGGGCAGCUGCAGCCCCAGCGCUCCGCUCCGCUCGGCCGAGGCAGCUCCCCGCCUCUCCCCGGAGUCUAGACUCUCCCGCCCCGCGCGCUGCGAAGCCCGAAGAUGGCGGCUUAUAAACUCCUCCGCGGGCUGAGCCCCGGCAUCUCCCCUCCCGCCGCUGGGGGGGCCCGCAGGGGGUGCGCCCCGGCGCUGCGGGCAGCCCAAGCCAAGAUUUGUGGCUGCUAUUUCUCUACCAGCAAUCAUUGCAACACCAAAUUCUAUACUGACGCUGUGGAAGCAGUAAAAGACAUACCCAAUGGGGCAACUAUACUUGUUGGUGGUUUUGGAUUGUGUGGAAUUCCAGAGAACCUCAUAGGAGGCUUACUGAAGACUGGAGUGAAAGGGUUAACUGCAGUCAGCAACAAUGCAGGUGUUGACAAUUUUGGACUUGGUCUUUUGCUUCAAACUAAGCAGAUAAAACGGAUGGUAUCAUCCUAUGUUGGGGAAAAUGCAGAAUUUGAACGACAAUACUUAUCUGGAGAAUUGGAAGUUGAGCUUACACCUCAGGGUACGCUUGCUGAGCGAGUCCGUGCAGGAGGUGCAGGCAUUCCAGCAUUUUUCACAAGCACGGGCUAUGGAACAUUGGUACAAGAAGGAGGAGCGCCUAUCAAAUACAACAAAGAUGGCAGCAUUGCCAUUGCCAGUCAGCCAAGAGAGGUGAGGGAGUUUGAUGGUCGUCACUAUAUUAUGGAGAAGUCAAUUACAGGUGAUUAUGCGCUCGUGAAGGCGUGGAAGGCUGAUCGCGCAGGAAACGUUAUCUUCAGGAAAACUGCAAGAAACUUCAACCAACCUAUGUGCAAAGCUGCCAAAACAGCUGUGAUAGAGGUAGAAGAAAUUGUUGAUAUAGGAUCAUUUGCCCCGGAAGAUAUUCACAUUCCAAAGAUCUAUGUCCAUCGUCUCAUAAAGGGAGAGAAAUAUGAAAAGAGAAUUGAACGAUUAUCCAUCCGAAAGCCUGAAGACUCAAAAGCCAAACAAAAGAAGGAAGGAGAUAAUGUGAGAGAGAGGAUCAUCAGACGAGCAGCUUUAGAGUUUGAAGACGGCAUGUACGCUAAUCUGGGCAUAGGAAUUCCACUGUUGGCCAGCAACUUCAUCAGUCCAGACAUUUCAGUUCACCUGCAGAGUGAAAAUGGAGUCCUGGGCUUGGGUCCUUAUCCACUUGAAAACGAGGUAGAUCCAGACCUGAUUAAUGCAGGUAAAGAGACAGUCACCGUUCUUCCAGGUUCCUCCUAUUUCUCUAGUGAUGAAUCAUUUGCAAUGAUUAGAGGAGGUCAUGUCGAUUUGACAAUGCUUGGAGCAAUGCAGGUGUCUAAAUAUGGUGAUCUGGCCAACUGGAUGAUACCUGGUAAGAUGGUGAAAGGAAUGGGCGGUGCUAUGGACUUGGUGUCUAGUGAACAAACCAAAGUGGUCGUCACCAUGGAGCACUCAGCCAAGGGCAACGUCCACAAAAUUAUGGAAAAAUGUAAUUUGCCACUUACUGGGAAACAAUGUGUAAAUCGUAUCAUUACGGAGAAGGCUGUGUUUGAUGUGGACAAGAAAAAGGGACUGACCCUGAUUGAAAUCUGGGAAGGACUGUCAGUAGAUGAAAUCAAGAAAAGCACUGGCUGUGACUUUACAGUUUCACCAAAUCUCAUACCGAUGAGGCAGAUUUCAACCUGAAAAGCAAGCUGGUCUGACUUGCCAGAGUUCUUGUUUCCAAACGGGAGCUCAGUGAAGGGAAAUCAGUGUCUGUUUUGCAAUUAUACUUUUUUUAAAGGGCUUUUAAAGUAGUUUCUUAGUAGUUAAACUCAGGCUGUGAUAGCUGUUUCUCACAUGACAUUACAGUCCAGUUUUAAUAAAAAGGUGAAUUUAAUUCCUAAUUUUUGAUAACAUCAUACUACAGUCAUGAUUGUUAAUAAGCACUGACUCAAGGAAAUGCCUUGUAGAAGUAGUCUUAUUGCUAAGGACUACAUUUUUAAAAAAGUACAGACCUACUGUACAAACAGACAAUGUGCAUGCCAACUUCCAACUGCCUUUCUACAUUUUCUGAAGUUUUACAAACAAAUUAACCACUGGAAGUGGAAAUACUGCAAAUGUC